AUGCUUGCCGACCAGACGACAACGCUCUCGCCGACCGGCUUCGAGACUUUGGACGUGGGCGGCUGGCAGGUCGUCGUCACCGACGGACACGCGGUGCUGCCCGAAGGCAUGACGCACUUGCCGGACCGGGCGUUCCGCAACCGCACCUCUCUCGUCUCGGUCGCCUUCUCGCGCAGCCUUGCCUCGAUCGGCAGCGGCGCCUUCGAGGGCUGCUCCUCGCUCUCCUCCAUCGACCUCCCUGCUGGCCUCGUCGCCAUCAACAACUACACCUUCCGCGGCUGCUCCGCCCUCCCCUCCGUCACCCUCCCCGCCGGGAUCACCUCCAUCGGCAUGGGCGCCUUCGCCCGCUGCCCCUUCAUCACCACCGCCACCCUCCCCGCCGGCCUCACCUCCAUCGGCCCCAGCGCCUUCCACCUCUGCUCCUCUCUCACCCACGUCACCCUCCCUGCCGGUCUCACCUUCAUCGGCGAGGCCGCCUUCUUCCGCUGCUCCUCUCUCACCCGUGUCACCUUCCCUGCCGGCCUCACUUCCAUCAGCGCUGCUGUUUUCUCCGGCUGCUCCGCCCUCGCCCGCGUCACCCUCCCCGCCACCCUCACCUCCAUCGGCGACUGCGCCUUCGACGCCUGCGAGGCCCUCGGCUCCGUCACCUUCCCCGCCGGCCUUACCUCCAUCGGCGAAGCCGCCUUCGAAGGCUGCCCCUCGCUCGCCUCCGUCACCGUGCCAGCCACCGCCGAGAUCGGCGACGCGGCCUUCGAC